UAAUAUCAGCCUUGUUCCCCAUCCCAUUGCCUCUGCAGGCCAGUUGCCCAGAAAUCUGCAGGGUACUUGCUGCUUUUCUUCACUUUAUGCAGUAUACAAAUAUAAUUUGUUGUUGUAUCCCUGAAGAAAAGCAGCAAUACGCUGCUCUUUUUCAUCAAAGAAGUACUUGAGGUUAUUCUACACGAUAGCAUACGCUGAGGGAAAGCAAGGGCUUGAGUUUGGAACCUGCUGAAGCUCAGGAUCAGACUCCGCCAGGCAUCUAAUCCAGGAAUUAGACUGUGGGUUAUCAAUUUUAUUUUGACUUUUCCUUCUUCUGUUUAAGAUGCAAUCUUAGAGGCUGAAAGGCAAUGGAUGGAAUCAGUGACUCAGUGGAGGACCACCUGACUCAAUACGCAAUCCAACUGAGUAUUCAAGAGCCAUCUGAAGCCAGAGGCAGUGAAAGGUUUUUGCCACCCAGUCAAGAAAACAGGAAAAUAGUCGAAGCGAUAAGACAAGGAGAAAUCUUCCAAUUGCAGCAAAUCAACCAUUGGACGUUUGCUUUCAACGAGGCGGAUGAAAGGGGAUGGUGCCCGCUACAUGAAGCUGCCAUUCAGCCACAUCAGCAAAUCAUGGAAAUUGUCCUGGACUCUUCCUAUAAGAGUACGUGGGAACAGAGGACACAAGAGGGGGACACAGCACUGACUCUGGCUGUCACAGCGGGUGUGCUGGGGAAUGUGAGAGCUCUCCUUGAGAAGUCUAUCUGUCCCAACACAACCAACAACAGGGGAGAGACACCACUACUGAUUGCGGUGAGGAGGAACGCCGUGGAGCUGGUGUCUGUUUUGCUGGAGCACGGGGCCCACCCGAACAGGCCCUGUGUGCGGCGCUGGACCGCAAUGCAUGAGGCAGCCAAACAUGGCCGCAAAGAAAUCGCUGCCCUGCUCUUGAGGCACCAGAGCAACGUCAAUCAGAAGGACGGGUACGGGGUGACUCCAGUUGCCACAGCUGCAGGAUUCGGACACUGUAGUGUGAUGGAGCAUCUUAUUCAUAAAGGAGGUAAUGUCCAUGCAAAAACUGAUGACGGCGCCACUGUGCUGUUUGAGGCAGCAGAAGGUGGCAAUCCAGACUGCAUCACAGUGCUGCUGGAGUAUGGAGCUAACCCUAAUAUUCCUGACAAUUCAGGCCUGCUUCCCAUCCACCGAGCGGCACAACAGGGACAUUACCUGGCUCUGAAGCAUCUCGUCGGGGUGACAUUACAGAGUGCGGUGCGGAGGAGCGGAAGAAGUCCGCUACACUCGGCCGCGGAGGGCGGCAGUGCUCAGUGCCUGGAGCUGCUGAUCGACAGCGGGUUUGAUGUGAACGUGGCUUUAGACGAGGACGUGUCCGAGAGCUAUUCCGACAAGCGCCGGUCGGCGCUCUUUUUCUCUGUGUCCAAUAGCGACGUGACCUGUGCCCGGCUGCUGCUGGAAGCGGGCGCCCGGCCAGACGCUGACCCACUGCCCUGCCUGUUGGUGGCCGUGCGAGCGUCCAGCCACGAGCUGGUGCGGCUCCUGCUGCAGCACGGUGCCAACCCCAACUGCCACUGCCUGCUGGUGACCGACACCCAGUUCCCCAGCGCCAUUCAGUAUGCCGUCAACGACCACAUCAUGCUCCGCCUUCUGCUGAACAACGGCUACAAGGCCCACAUGUGCUUCAACUGCAUCCACAGCGGCUCCUCCCUCCCCUGGCCCACCAUAGAGCCACAAUCUCGUAUCGUCUCGUUCUGCGAGUUCAUCACCGUACCCUGGAUGAGCCAUUUGAUCGGGCGAGUGGUUAGAGUGCUGAUCGACUACGUGGACUGCAUAUCCCUCUGUGAGACACUGAGGUCUGCCCUUGAGAAACAGAACGAAUGGCCCGAGAUUCAGAACAUCUUAGAAAACCCCUCUGGUCUGAAACACUUGUGCCGAUUGAUGAUUCGGAAAUGUGUGGGUCAAAGCCGGUUACAGAGCUCAGUGCUGCUCCCCUUCCCCCCUCUACUCAGACACUACAUUUUAUAUAAGGAUUACGAUCUGUAUGGAAGGGGCCUGACUUCUUAACUACUGAUCCGCCGUCAUUUGCAUAUUCAAUCAUUGUGCGCUCCUCACGGUCAGAGAAAAAGACAAAUUAUUUAAUUCUAAAAUAAUAAAGUAUUGAAAUGUU